GUGAACAUGGAUUUUAAUCUUCCCGAAUUGACAGCAAACGAAACCAGUCAAAAUGAUCAUUCCAAUUUGGUGAAUGUAACACAGUCCUAUUUGCUCUUGAAGAAAAGAAUCUGUGACACUCAUGAAGUGAUUCAACAAUAUAAUGACAAAUUAAAAGAAUGUGAGCAUUUGAAGACAGAUUUAGAUGCAACAAAUAAACAAGCAAAGAAAGUGGCCUGUAAUUAUAAUUCUAUGUUAGCUAAGGUUAUUAAAUUAGAACUUCAAAAUACGGAAUAUAAAAAAAAUAUAGAGUCACUAACAACACAAGUGAAUGAUCGUCAAGUAAAAGCAGCUGCAGAUCAGCAACAUAUCCAACAACUGAUAUGUAAAAUAAAGGAUGUAGAAAGCCAACACAAUGAUAAAGUUAUGCAGUAUGAUUUAAAAAAAUCUUCUCUCGAAGUAAGGGUUAAAGAACUAGAACAGGAAUUAAAAAAUGUAAAAAAGUCUUAUGACCUGAAGACAAAAAAGAUGGAAGAGAAGAAGAAGGUGGAGAACAAGACUCCUACAAAAAACAAAGUGAAAAUGAAAGACGUUGGAAGCAUUACAACACUUACUAUGGAUGAAAUAGUGCAGAAACAAAAAGUUUCAGAUAAAUGUGUAAUGACCGACGAAUUUUAUAAUGUGAAGGACAACAUGUAUCCUAUAUUUUGUGCCAAAUGUGAGGUUCUUUUGGAGCCUACCCCUCUAGAAAAAAUUUGCGAAAUCAUGACAGAAUCAUGUCCAAAGUUGAUAGAGAAAAUUUCAUCCCCUCUUAAGAAAGUAACUUUACCUCCACUAAUAUCACCUGGUAUGAACAAUGAACGAUGUAAAACAGAAAAUGUAACAGUGUUACCGGAAACACAGCCGUCACAUUUACAGAAUCGGACCGUUGAUCCUCAUUUCAUUCCUACGAAUCCUUUAGCAUCACAUGAACAAAUGACAUUGAGUCGUACAGAUUAUUGUAACAAUUUUCCGCAGACGUCUAGUUUAAUGAAUCAAAAUAGUUAUUGUAUUGGUUCAACACCGGUUAAUCCAUUAUCAUUGGCAAAUAUGAGUACAACUAGUCAGAAUAAUCACUGCGACGAAGCGUCAACGCUUGCAUCCUCUCUAUUACUUAUUUCUUCAUUGCAAAAACGGAUCGAUACAUUAGAGAUGAAGGUAAAGAAGAAAUUUAACAAAAAGAAUUCGGAACAGAACAGCAAUCUUUGGCAGCGUACACAUCAAAAUCCGUGCUGCAUGCACGACAUUAACAGUUCAAUGCAAUUCAAUUUUAUGGAACUCUUUAAACGAGUGACUGAUUUUGGUGACAGCAAGGAAAAGAAGCAACUCAAUAUAAAUAAGCGUAGAGAUAAGAGUUCGAAUAAGCAUAAAUUGUCCCAGUUGAAAUCCGUAAAAAGAUUGCAGAACGCGCCUGCUUGCACAUGGGAAGUAGAGACGAUAGUGACAAAACCGGAGCAAAGUCCUGUUAGACAAAGGCCUAAGAAACGGAAGUACAGGCAUUCUAUGCUUCUCAGUAAGACUAACGUUUCUACAAAUAAGUUAGGGGAUUUAGAAGCAUCGAUUAGCGAUUCGGAUUCCAAUUCUUGUAACGAUCUGUUUACAAGUGCUACUCUUGUUAAAUCAGAUAUUAGCGUACAGUCUAAAGAUAUAUCGCGUGUAGAGACGACUAAUUUAGAAUGUAACAAUCGCUCGAAGACAUCAACGUGUUCUGCUCAGUCUACAGACACAGAUGAACUCGAGACUGUAGACAGAGUAAGAAACUCCGUUGAGUCUAGAAAAUCAUUGGGAGGUGAAACCGACUCAGGAAUAUUGUCAGACUCAGUGGAAUCUAAUAAAUUAAUACAACUCGAAGGAGACCUAGAUUCGUGUAUUGUUUCAACAGAUUGUAAGCAUGCGAGAGAUGAAAAGAGUUCCAUGGAAAAUACACAGGCUUUCACUGGAAGCUUCAGGAUAUUGAGAUCUCAAUCCAAAGAGAAAUCUCCUAUAAAGUUAAUUAAGACGAGUAGGCUGACAGAAGAAGUAGUUGAUUCAAAAGUAUUAAAGCCAAAUGAACAGAUUGAAGAGAUAGACCUCAAUGGUUCAGUUCCUCAGACUAAAACAACUACCUCUAAUAAUACAAAUCCUACUAGAAAGAGAAAGAUCAGUGAACUUCAAGACGUGAAGAAGUGUAGUCGUCAAGGGUUAUUAAAGAAGAUAAGAAAUUUAAAAAAGAACUGUAAGGUUGGAAAUAUCCGGCAAAGUAGUUCAGAUCUCCAGGAAAUAGAAAACUGUGAGAGUCACGUUUCUUAUAGCUUGCAGGGUGAAAAGCAUUUCGAGAAGGAAGUCGAGGACAUUAAGGACGAUGAUUACGUACCCAAAAAGAAACCUCGAAUAGCUCAUGUACCCAAGAGUGUAACAGUAGAACAAAAUAAUUAUCCACCGGUUAAGACGUACACGGUAAAAGAUUUAACAAAGAGAAAAGUGAAACCGCGAGACAGUAUUAUUGAUAGUGCCGAAGCAAAUACGACCAUAACAAUACAAUCGACAGAAAUACCCGACAGAUAUAGUAUCGAUAUAGACGAGUCCGUUGUUACUCAGACAAUGGUGAAAGGCGAUAGUAAUGUAGGGUCAGAAAAUAAAUGUAGCAACAGGACAAAUGAACUCAAACCGAAUUCAUCCAACUCAAUGCAUUCUAAUACAACAAACGUCCCAGAGAAUAAUAAUAUUAAUGAAAUGUCUACUAUUGAUAUUAAACCUUUCAGCCAUUCACCUGACAAUGAUUUAGAAAACAAAAAUUUAUCGAUGGUAGAUAUGAACAGUUCUAGAGAUUCUACAAACCUUACAAUGUCUAGUCUUGAUGAUUCGUUUGAAGGCUUAAUGGAAUUUGAUGAAUUAAAGACUGAAGCAACUAAUGAAUAUAAACAGAUUAAACAGGAGUAUCAAAAUAAUUCACCGCAUUCAAAGAAUGCAAUUCUUGAAGCUGACAAUAAUACAAAUAAAUUUGAUGAUGAAUCGAGCAAAAAUGGAACUGAUCAAUCUAGCAAGUUGUCGACAUUGAAUGCUGUAUUGAGUAAUAAUUUAAACCCACUACCUUAUCAGGAUAAUGAUAAUUCCUCUAGAAAUGGAAGUACUACUGAAAAUGACGUCUAUGUAUGUAAGAGAAACGUUCAAGAAGUUGUACGAAAUCAGUCGUGUGACGUCAACGGUUCAUUAGUGAGCUCAGAGGAUAUACAUUUAAUGAAUGUUCAAGAUAAUGAUACAAAUAAAAUAACAAAAGUUUACGCGACGAAACUUAAUUCUAAUGCAGGAUCGAAGUUAGAGUCACAGUCCCUGCUUGCAAGAAUAAGACAAUUUGCUUCAACAAAUAAAUCUUCAACUACCAACUGUAAUAAUCAGUCGAUGAAUCUUUUACGUAUUAGUCUGAUAACAGAUAAGUUUGUAAACAAGCAGUUACAAAGACUCGUGGAUUGCGACUGGAAGGUUUGUGCUGUACAUUGGGACGUGAUUGACAAAUUAAAAACUACGUGUACUCCCUGUGUUAUAGCGAAAGGCAUCGUAGACUUUUUCAGUUCAGAAGAACAAAGCAACAAAAGUUUGGAUAAUAGUCACACACCACCUGCACCUUUAAUGACGCAAACACAACAAAGGAUUGCAGCAUUGUUGAUUGACUUAGAAAAGUCAAAUCCAAUGAUUUUUCAGUUGGUUCAAACUGGCAUUGAGUAUAAACUUUUUAGACUUAAUCAGCAGAUAGAGAGAUCGGUUGUGGAAUCACUUGCUAGGAUGUACACGAUUCUAGCACGAAUUAAGAAAGAUAGAGGAAAAGUAAGGAUAUUUUGUUGCGAUGCUCUUUAUUGUUUGGGAGUUAAUGCAAUACUUGUUUUGUAUACAGUAUUCACUUGUUGGCCAGAGACAUUUCCAAAUAAUGAAACCAAUAAAGAACUUUUACCGGAAUGUAUGGCUCACCUCAUCAUGACCCAACAAGCCGUCGACUAUCCUAAGCUUAAGGCUUUAAAAAAUUUGGUGUCAUUGUUCUAUAAAUACCCAACAGGAACUAUAUCCAAGGACAUGUUGAACAAACUUUUAUCAGCCCUUCAAGAGAAAUCUGACGCUGAAAUAGAAGCGGCCAUUAUACUUUUAGCAAAGAGGGAAGGCACAGCAUGGACGUAUAAAAAUAUCAUUCGGGGCGCAUUGUUACCAAUGAUCAUUAACAACAAACUUCCCAGCGCGUAUAGAUCGUUUUGUUUACUCGGCAAUCUUAUGCGUGUGUUCCCCGUUGGGGAUAAGAAUAAUUCAGUCGGUGAAAUUGUGGAACAAUUAUGUGAUUUGAUUAAUUCCGGUGAAGUGUCAGAGGAGCAACAAGAAGGUAUCAUCUCAGCGCUAUUGAGCUUGUCGAGGCACAAAUUCGACGAUGUGGUGCAAAACGUAAUAAAAUGGACCCCCACUGCACCCCUUCAUGAUCGAACUACAGAACAAAUCAAUGGACUACUUAAUCAGCGUCCCCCAGAUUUCUGGAAAGGCUACUUAAGAACGAACAAACUAUUCCGAGGACAGAAUCUCAGCCCGAAAAUUCUAAUUUUGUGGGACUGUGGAGCAUUGUUGGACUACAUAUACAAAAGACUCAUUCCAAAGGAGUGA